AUGCAGUGGACUGCUUUCAAUGUUCAGGAGACCAAUAUCCAAACAAGGCUCAAAAUCUUUGUAUUUUAAAAACAACAACCUUCCUGUCUUAUAAUGAGUCACUGGGAAUCACCUUGGCCAGUGUUAGUCUCUUCCUUUCUUUCAUCACAGCUUUGGUGCUGGGGAUUUUCAUUAAUAAGCGGAACACUCCCAUUGUAAAAGCCAACAACAGGAGCCUGACCUACAUUCUUCUCAUUGUUCUUCUGCUCUCAUUCCUUUGCAGUUUGCUCUUCAUUGGACAACCUGACCAAGGAAAAUGUUUCAUGCGACAAGCUGCUUUUGGCAUCAUAUUCUCUGUAGCCCUUUCUUGCAUAUUAGGGAAAACAAUCAUUGUUGUUCUUGCUUUCAUGGCCACCAGGCCUGGUUCCAAAAUGAGGAAAUGGGUGGGGAAUAGGCUGGCUUUUUCUAUUGUCCUAUUCUGCUUCCUGGCACAAUUUACCAUUUGUACAGCAUGGCUGACAAUUUCUCCCCCAUUCCCCGAUUCUGACAUGCACUCUAUAGCUGAAGAAAUUGUCCUAGAAUGUAAUGAAGGUUCAACCACAAUGUUUUAUAUUGUUCUUAGUUUUCUGGGGCUCUUGACUUCAGUCAGUUUCACAGUAGCCUUCCUAGCUAGGAAGUUACCGGAUAGCUUUAAUGAAGCCAAAUUUAUUACCUUCAGCAUGUUGGUCUUUUGUAGUGUCUGGAUAUCAUUUGUUCCAAUCUAUUUGAGUACUAAGGGGAAAUACAUGGUGGCUGUGGAGAUCUUCUCCAUUUUGGCUUCAGCAGCUGGAUUACUGGGUUGCAUCUUUUCCCCCAAAUGCUACAUCAUUAUUGUGAGACCUGAUUUGAAUACAAAGGGACAGUUAAAAACAAAAUAA